CUGGACUCGACUAAGCCCUCGGGAUCUGGCCAUGGCUCUUCCUUCCUCUCCUUCUCCCGGCCAGGCUCCGUGGAGGACCUUGUCUUCAGAGGAACUGGAGAAGCAGUACUCACCCAGAAGAUGGGUCAUCCGCAUGAAAACAGAGGAAGUUGUCGGGAAUUUCAUGCAGAUAGGAAGCCAGGCCACCCAGAAGGCCCGGGCCACCAGGAGGAACCAGCUGGAUGUCUCCUAUGGAGAUGGUGUAGGGGAGAAAAUGGAUAUCUACUUUCCGGAUGAGGAUUCCAAAGCUUUCCCCCUCUUCAUGUUCUUGCAUGGAGGAUACUGGCAGAGUGGAAGUAAAGAUGACUCGGCGUUCAUGGUAAACCCACUGACGGCACAGGGAAUUGUGGUGGCCGUCGUGGCUUAUGACAUUGCACCCAAAGGCACACUGGACCAGAUGGUGGACCAGGUGAGCCGCAGCGUUGUGUUUCUGCAGAGACGCUAUCCGAGCAAUGAGGGAAUCUACCUCUGUGGACACUCUGCGGGAGCUCACCUGGCUGCCAUGAUGCUCCUGGCCAGCUGGACCAAGCAUGGCGUCACACCCAACAUCCAAGGCCUUCUCCUGGUGAGUGGGAUCUACGACCUGGAGCCCCUCGUAUUUACCUCCCAAAAUGACCUUCUGCACAUGACCCUGGAAGAUGCUGAGAGAAACAGUCCGCAGCGACUCUUGGAGGUGGCUCCAGCACGGCCUGUGGUUCCAGCCUACCCUGUGUUGGUGUUUGUGGCUCAGCACGAUUCUCCAGAGUUCCACCGACAGUCCAAGGAGUUCUGUGAGACACUACGCCUUGCAGGAUGGAAGGCCUCUUUCCAGGAGCUGUGUGGUGUGGAUCACUUUGACAUCAUAGAGAAUCUGACCCGGGAGGAUUAUGCCCUCACCCAGAUCAUUUUGAAAAUGAUCUUCCAGAAGCUGUGAGGACACCCAGUCCCCAGCCUGCAUGCACCUCAGAGAGCCUCCAAAAAUGAAGUGACCGUUCCACCUCACGCUGGCUUGCCUGUCCACCCUGUAUAGUCUCCCUGCUGUGAACACAUUCUCCUCUCCCGCCAUUCUUCGCCCCACCGAGAUGGAACUCCGGGGAAAGCCUGCAGAUUGUCACUGGGAGAUACACACAGCCACCACCUGGCCAAGUCUGUCCCCCAGCCCCACCCCUCGCCUGCUUACAGGGCGUGGCAAUCACCCUCUGGCUGGCUUUCUAUGGGAGUUAGCAGUAUCAGUGUGGACUGGCUGGGGCUGAGGCUGUAGCUGAGUGCUGGAGUUCUGCCUAUCUCCUGCUGCAAGAGAGGGUGGGGUGGGGAGAAGAGAUGAAGCCAGAAGGCCAGACUGGCCAGACCGGCCAACCACUGGGGGAUGUAACUCAGUAACUCGCUGGUAGAAUAACCAGCCAACACGCAUAGGAUCGUGGGUUUUAACAAGGAAACCUGGUAUUAACAAGGAAAAAAGAAAAGAAAAAGGCAGGGGUAGGGUGGGGGGCAUGCCCAGUGUACACCUGAAUCCCAGCACUGAGGCAGGAGGAUUGCUUGUGAGUUCAAGACCAGCCAUCGCUAGACCCCGUCUCAAAAAAGAAAAGUGGCUGGAGAGAUGGUUCGGUGGGACAGAGUGCCUGGCACUGAGCCUCACAACCUGUGUUGGGUCCUGGGGACCCAUACGGAAGCAAACCACCACGCCCCCCCCCAUUGUCCCUUGUCUGCCAUGUAUAUGUGUUUAGCACACACACACAUCCAUACAUGAUGAUGGUGAUUAAAAAGAACCCAUGUCGGGCUGGAGAGAUGGCUCAGUGGUUAAGAGCACUGACUGCUCUUCCAGAGGUCCUGAGUUCAAUUCCCAGCAACCACAUGGUGGCUCACAACCAUCUGUAAUGAGCUCUGAUGCCCUCUUCUGGUGUGUCCGAAGAGAGUGACAGUGUACUCACAUACAUAAAAUAAAUAAAUAAAUAAAUAAAUAAAUAAAUAAAUAAAUAAAUAGAACCCAUGUCUGCGCCCACUGUGUGAACCGUCAAGGAUUUCCUCAGAACUGCACCAUCCCAGUGAGGCCGCCUGCACCGAGACCGGUGUGUGGCAGGUUUCUGCAGCACACCCUGUAGCCACUGGUCCUUCUGAAACAGCAGGUGUGGGAUAUUCUAUUGGGUUCUUGUAGCUACCACCCUUUCCUACCCCAACCCCUUCCGAACCCCCAGCACUAGGAAGGUUAGAGGGGAAAGGGGGGGAGUAGAUGCCCUGCUGGUCAGGGGUGUCAAGAUCCUUGAGGCAGCAAGUCAUCAGACAAUAAAUUAAGCCGCAGGGGAUGCAGCAGCCACCUCUUCUUGGGGCUCUGGCCUUUUUAUACCCCCUCAAAAGUCCCCAGAAUUCCAAACGUGAGCUAUGUGCAGUUGGCCAACCGAUGCCCCUGCUAGGGCACAAGACGAAUGACCGCUGCUGUGGACAGUCUGAAGCAAUGCCAUACCCCACACCUGGGAUCAAAAACAGAAGCACAGUCAC